AUGGUAGCAGAUGCGGACGGCAAGACUUCCCCGGUCUUGUCCCUGGUCGCCGGCGGCAUUGCGGGGGGUGUCGAAUCAGCUUGCACAUACCCCUUCGAGUUCGCAAAGACGCGCGUGCAGCUCUACGGCCAUGAGGGCAUCAGGAACCCGUUCAUGGUCGUCGCUAAGGUAGCUCGGGAGGAGGGCCUGCGCGCGCUGUAUAAAGGGUGCUCGACUAUGAUAGUGGGUUCCAUCGGCAAAGACGCAGUGCGCUUCGUCGCCUUCGACAGCAUCCGGUCGCUAUUCUCGGACCCGACCACACACCGGACCACGACGGCGCAAUCCAUCGCGUCGGGCAUGCUCACGGGGGUCGUCGCCUCGACGGCGAUCGUCACGCCGUCGGAGCGCAUCAAGACCGCGCUGAUAGACGACGCCCGGACGUCGCGGCGCUUCCGGUCGCCGGCGCACUGCGUCGCGUGCCUGUGGCGGGAGCAAGGCGCCCGCCGCGCCCUGUACAGCGGCUACGCGACCACCACCCUCAAGCAGAUCGGGACGACGGGCUUCCGGCUGGGCUCGUACGCGGCGCUCAAGGACUGCGAGCGGAGCUACGGGGUGUCGGUCGACGGCCCCGCCGUCAGCUUCGCGAACGGCGCCGUCGCGGGCACGCUGACCACGCUGGCGACGCAGCCGUUCGACACGGUGAAGACGAAGGCGCAGCAGGCGCGCGCUGUGCGCACGCUCGAGUGCGUGCGCGCCAUUUACGCGGAGGACGGCCUCAGGGGGUUCUGGCGCGGCACGGUGAUGAGGCUCGGAAGGACGGUGAUGGCGGGUGGGAUAUUGUUUACGGCGAACGAGCAGGCGCUGAAGUUGUUGAAGACUGUGUUUGGCGGGUAG